AUGUUGGUUUUCUAUUGCUUUGUAAAUAAUUACCCCAAACUCAGCAGCUUAAAACAAUACCUGUUUCUUAGAUCUGGCUUGGUAUGGCUGGAUUCUCUGCUCAGGGUGUCACAGGCUGAAACCAAGGGCCAGCAGGGCAGCACUCCCUUCGGGGGCUCUCGGGAGGCUGCUUCCGUGUUCGUUCAGGGGGUUAGCAGUUUCCGUUUCUGUCGGGCCUCUCUCAGCUCCUUAAGGCUGGUGUGCUUCUCUCCAUGUCCAAACCAGAGAUGGCCAUCGAGCCCUCCUGCUUCUCUCCGCCUUCCUCCUGUUUUAAGGUUCACGUGA